AAGGCUGUGCUGGGACCGGAGGGACCGGGUCACGUUCUUGGGGACCCUGAUCGAGGCCUGCAGGGACACGCUCCGGAGACGGGAGCGACGCCUUCCCUUCUCGAAGGGAUUGGCAGCCCAGGCUGUGCUGUCGGAUGGAGCCCUGCUUUUGCAAGCGCAGGGGGCAAAAGGGGAUCACAAGAGUCCCUGUUCUGGAUGAGCGUCAACAGCAAGACCAGGAGGGCCAGUUUCUGCCGCCCGCAGAGCCUGCUCCGAGCACUCCUGGCUCAAGAGCCCCCCCUGGAGCCCCUCAUCCACAUCACGGAAGCAAGUGGGUGGCACCUCCCAGCCAUGGAGAGACGAUCCCCCAGCCCAGUUGGGGUCAGCAGGCUCCCCCGCCCUGCCGGGUUGUGCACCCUGAGCAGCCAGGGAAGGGCAGUCCACAGGCGGGCCCCUACCCCGAGGAGACCCCCCUGCCCCCCAGAUCGCCUGACCCGGUACAGGGGAGGGGUGUAUAGGAGACUCACCGGGAAUUGGGGAAGCUUCACUCGUCAGGCUGCUGUAGAAACGUUGGCGAGAACCACCUUCGAGGCCUUUCUCCGUCUGGGGGCCCAGCUGUCAGCAGCCGGGCAAGGGGGCUGCUGGCCUGAGGAUUUCCAGCAGGGCUGUGGCAUUCGGAGGGACCGUUCCGUCCUGCAGGCCAUCAGCACUGAGACGGAGACCAAGGACGAGCGGGAGGAGGCGGUGGCAGAGAGGGCUGGCCGUUUGCUCCUCGACCUGGCGACUGGGGCCCCCUUCCACUCUGAGGCAGAGAAGAUGAAGCCCCUGCUGCCCUUUGCAGUUCUGCAGGAGUGGAGGGUGGCAGCCCAGACCAAAGGCAAAGGCAGCUCUUCAUCGAGUGAAGGCCAGGGAGACCACUGCAGCCUCAAAUACGGCCCGGGGGGAAACAAGGCUCUCAGGAGGCAGCUGCAGAGACUUAGCAUCUCCGCCGACUGCAAGAGAGGCUUGGCAUCUGCUGGACAGGAGACGGACUUGGAUGCAGAAGGAGAGGGAGUGGACAGGAACAGCUGGGCUGCCAUAUACUGACAUUUAGAGAGACGGCUAGGAGAGAAACUGCAAACACCUAAUGGGCAGAAAGACACAGACAGGGAGAGGAUUGAAACGCCAUGGAAAUGGGGCUGCUCUAGACCCUUUGGCCGGGGAGGGUCCUGAUGGGAUUGAUCUGGUAGAGCCCUGCAGGCCUCGGGGCCCCACGGAUGGCCAGGAUGUUGCAGGGAGGGAGAGAUGUUCAGCCUCUAAUGCUGCUGUUAUCUACAGGACAGACUCUCUUCAAGUGAGGUUGCUUUAAU